ACUUCACUCAUUGCAAUAACUUGAGAGAAUUGUAAAAGGACGCAGCUCUACUUUCAAUUUUGCCGUGAAAUAAAAUUAAUUUUUAGAUCAAAAUUAUUCGCAUAGAGAAACUUGCUCUGCUCAAGAAUAUAAUAUUAUUCCUGUAGAACAAAUUAAUCCAUCCGAAAUCCUUAUUUUAGUCCAAAUCGCAAUUUUAUUUUUUAUAACAGGAAAUCUCGUCGUCUUAGAAUAAUUUACGCUUGCAAUUCGCUUUGCAAGUAAUCCCGACAAUAACCACAAAUCCGUAAAAAUUCAGACACAAACAGAAAUCAUGGGCGGCGAUCAACCGGUCGAAGCUGAGCCCGUAGAAUUUUCAGUAGAACGCAUCGAAGACAAACGUAUUAACAAGGGCAAAGUUGAAUACUACCUUAAGUGGAAGGGGUAUCCUCGUAGUGAAAACACUUGGGAACCGGUCGAAAAUCUCGACUGUCCCGAUCUGAUCCAGGCCUUCGAAGACUCCUUAAAAAGUAAGGACAAAGAUAAAGAGGGUGGCGCCGUCAAAAAGCGCCAAUCCACCACACCAGUCACUGAAAUGAAGGCCAAACGAAAAAACACGAACGACUCAGACAAAGAAGCGCGCAAAUCGCUCGGUUUCGAUCGAGGUCUAGAACCAGCUCGAAUUUUAGGCGCUACAGACUCAUCCGGUGAGCUGAUGUUCCUCAUGAAGUGGCUGGAUAGCGACGAGGCGGAUCUAGUGCCUGCCAAACAAGCUAACGUGCGAUGUCCGCAAAUUGUCAUUCAGUUCUACGAGGAACGACUUACCUGGCACACAGCUUCCAACACGGAAGAGGAAAAAAAACCAGAAAUCAAGGAAAAGGCGCAAUAGACUUCCUCUAAAUUUUUCAUUCUAUUAUUUUUUUUUUUUGUAUUUAGUAUAUAUUUUUUCUCUUUGAAAAACACAUAGUUCUUCGAUAUCAAACAUGAGUUUUAUAAACAGAAGUUACAUCUUUACGUAAAUGCAAAAUGGUGUUGCUGUUGCUUGGGGGAUAAAACGAGACGUAGAUGAUCUUCUCUGUAGACGCGCAACAUAAAUAUUUUUAUUCAUCUUGUUUAUUUUUAAGAAAACGACUAGGUCAGAUAUUUUAAUAUUGAAUUCUCCUUGCAAUAGUGUAUCGAUUAAUAAAACGAUAAGUGUAAGAUCUAAGAGAAGUUUGUUCAAUUA